AUGUGGUUAUGUUGUUGCGCGGGUCCACGUGACGGUACUCCUGUACAACUAGUACCACCAGAACUAGUGCAGCUCGAAUUUGCCGGCCCCGAUCACUUCUGCAUGUCCGCCUCCCUCACCGUCAGCAACAAAAAUCCGCACAUGUACCUGAGCCAGGCCCAGAACCACCUUGGCAACGGAGUAGCGGCGGGGCUCUCAGUUACUGACAAGGCAAUCAACGAUGUCUGCGACAUUGCCGAGGAGCUCGACCCCACGAAGGACUCCCCCGAGAUGAUCAUGUGGCCCAUCUCCAAGGUCGUAGUUAUGCUUCUCAAUCGGACAAAGAAAGUGUGCUUGCUCGAGCAUGGAUCCGAAACCAAGGGCGUCUGGUCUAUGUUUGAGAAAGAUAUCGAGAUGGCAUUAGGCGGUUCGCUCAGCAGUGACAUGUCGGUGCAGGGGCAAAUCCAUGGCACUUUCUUCUGA